CCGCCACGUGACAGCGCACGGCGGCGGCGGCGGCGGCGAUGGGCACCGCGCUGGACAUCAAGAUCAAGCGGGCCAACAAGGUCUACCGCUGCGGGGAAGUUCUUUCUGGAGUCGUGGUCAUAACAAGUAAGGACACAGUCCAGCACCAGGGUAUUUCGUUAACAAUGGAAGGGUCAGUAAAUCUGCAGCUUAGUGCCAAAAGUGUGGGUGUGUUCGAAGCUUUCUAUAACUCUGUCAAGCCUAUUCAAAUUAUUAACAGCACUAUUGAAAUGGUAAAACCAGGGAAACUUCCCAGCGGCAAGACAGAAAUUCCAUUUGAAUUUCCAUUGCAUAUGAAGGGGAACAAAGUUCUGUAUGAGACAUAUCAUGGUGUCUUUGUUAACAUUCAGUAUACCCUACGGUGUGAUAUGCGACGUUCUCUGCUGGCAAAAGACCUAACUAAGACUUGUGAAUUCAUUGUCCACUCACUGUCACAGAAAGGGAAGCUGAUGCCAAGCCCAGUAGACUUCACAAUUACUCCUGAAACUUUGCAAAAUGUUAAAGAGAGAGCUUCACUUCCAAAAUUUCUCAUCAGAGGUCAUCUCAGUUCUACAAACUGUAUCAUUACACAGCCACUAACAGGGGAGCUGGUAGUGGAGAAUGCGGAGGCUGCAGUCAAAAGUAUUGAGCUGCAGUUAGUACGUGUGGAAACCUGUGGGUGCGCAGAAGGUUAUGCCAGAGAUGCCACAGAGAUACAGAAUAUUCAGAUUGCUGAUGGGGAUGUCUGCCGGGGCCUACCAAUUCCUAUAUACAUGGUGUUUCCCAGGUUGUUCACCUGCCCUACCCUGGAAACGACGAACUUCAAAGUUGAGUUUGAAGUCAACAUUGUUGUCCUUCUGCACGAUGAUCAUCUCAUCACAGAGAACUUCCCGCUGAAGCUCUGCAGGAUGUAAAUAGCCAGAGGAGAAGCACUUUAGGAUUUACUGAAAAAGGACAAAAUUCUUCAGAGGCAAAGUGAAAUUUUAUCCAUGUCUUAUUUUAACUGAAAACACAUCACUUUCUUCUCCCUGCUGGUAGUUUUGUGCUUUCAGUUCUCUAAAUCUUGUAAGACUUUGCCUGCCUUGCGAUAGCCUACAUGCCAGCCAGCCAGCUUUGUCAGGGAAUCGUUCUGACUUCAACAACCAUGUUUUCCCCAAUUUUUUUCAAACAAAUCCUGAAGGAAUUCUCCUCAUUUUGUUUUGUAAUACUUGUUCCAAAUUCCUUUAAAGACCUCUUAAACCUCUUAAGUCUGGUUAUACAUGGUGUAUAUAUACUGGGGGCAGGGUGGGGGACUUGUCAUAUAAUACUGAAUAGUGUCUUUCAGGUAUAAUAAAUGGUGCUACAACAAUGCAAGGUGGUGGUGUGGGAUGAAUAUUGCAAGAUGAAUGUGAAAUAACAUCAAGUGUAUUUUGGUCAAAUGGGGAAUAUGAGUUGGUAUUGGAAGAGCACUUAGUUCUAAGUUGUUUUGUGUGUGGUUUUUCCCUGGGUUCUUCCCUGGAUUAGAAAAACCAUGCCCUUACUUUAUCUUUGUGAAUUGUGUAAAAUGGCACUGAAAAAGAAGAUCAGUCAAAAGUUCUUAGUUUGAGAAUAUACUUAUUGUUUUCAUUAUACCAUCUUCCCUUUUAUAAGAAUUCCAAAGCCCA